AUGGAGUCCUCGUCCACAGACGAUCCUCCGCCUCCAUUUAUCAACUUCCUCCCCAAGACCCCGUCAGCCACCUCCUUUUACGAGAUGCCGCGCGAGCGCCGCCUCAAGCUUCUUGUCGCCGCCAACGGCCCCAAGGAGGUCGCCUACGCCCAGACCAUUGCCGUUCGCCUCUCCAAGGAGCCCAAGAUAACCGUCAAGGUCGUUGUCGACGAGCUCACCCACCGCCUCGCCCAGGAGUUUCCUUGCUUUGCCAACCGCUCGCUGCACCCCCCGUCCCUAUCCAUCGAGACGGACUACUUCAAUGGCGCUCCCAAGCGUGAUGGUUCCACUGCAAAAUCUACAGGUGCCGGCGGCCACAGCAUACCCAACUGCCAGUCGAACCGCGAAAUCGACUGCGCCCAGCGCCGCGCCUUUGAAUUGGUCGACUGGGCCGAUCUUCUCGUGCUCGCGCCCAUUGACGCGGAUAACCUCGGCCGCAUGAUGGCCGGCAUCGCCGAUACCCUCUUGCUCGAGGUGCUGCGCAGCUGGGACGCCUCCAAGCGCAUCCUGCUCGUCCCCGGCAUGUCCACCCACAUGUGGGAAAACCCGGUAACCAAACGACAGAUCAGCAAGCUGCACCGCAAAUGGUACUGGGUGCGCGUCCUGCCGCCCAUUCUGUGGCACUACAACGCACCCUCGCCUUCUGGUGACGCCGCCGGCAACAGCGCCGUGUCGACGCCCGAGAGUGCUAUUCGCACACAUUCGCAGCAGCAGGAGCAGCAGCAGCAGAGCAAGCGCGUCGUCCAGUGGUCUGGCUUUGCCGAGCUGAUUGGCAUUAUUAAGAACCAUGCCGACUUGCUGUCGCUCGGCCACGACGUCGACAUUGCCGCGCUCAACGGCGGCCGCGCCUUUGCGCCCGACUCGGGCUUCUUGUCCGCGGGCUCCAAGAAACGCCUGCCGCCCGAGAUUUGGUCCAUGAUCCUCGAGUACACGGGCGACUGGGAGCUGGCCGCGGCCCUGGACGUGUUUACCAAGCUGCCCAUGCCCGCACACUAUGGCUGGCGCCGGCAGCCGUCGCACCCGGACGACCCGCUGCAGGUCUUCAUGCACGAGCUCGAGUGGACGCUGCUGACCGCCCAGACGGACAAGAUCUGCCAGAAGCUGUCGGAGGCGCCCGCGACGAUCCACGACCUGUCCGCGCUGGCGAUCAAGCUCAUCUUCAAGUUUUCGCUGACCGACGUCUUGACCUACGUCGAGGCCCACUGCCCGCUCGUCUUCCGCAACUUUGACGGCAAGACCGUGCCCACCAAGGCCUCGGCGUACUUUGGCAAGACGGAGAUUCUCGACUGGUGGGUGCGCAGCCCCUCGUUUCUCGAGAAGCAGUACGACGCCGAGGCCCUCGACGGCGCCUCCAAGAACGGCUACGUGCACGUCCUCGAGUGGUGGCGCCGCUCGGGCCUGCCCCUCAAGUACACCGAGGCGGCGCUCGAGCAGGCCAGCGCCAAGGGCCACGUGCGCGUGCUCGAGUGGUGGCGCGAGGCGUCGCUCGCGAGCCCGCCGGGCGUCGUCCUCAAGCCGGGCCGCGCCCUCAUCUGCGCCGCGCAGUACGGCCGCGUCGACGUCAUCCGCUGGUGGGAGGAGAGCGGCGUCAACGGCGGGCACCAGGACGCCAUCUGCAAGGUGGCCUCGCGCUGGGGCCAGGUCGAGGUGCUGGAGCUGUGGCGCGAGCUGCGGGGCGACGACAAGAUGGUCUUCAACCACCAGGUGCUUGUGGAGGCCACCAUGCACUCGCACCUGGCCGUGCUGGACUGGUGGAAGGGGUACGCGCACGGGACGCUGCCGCGGAUGAACGGCCGGCGCGCCAAGCAGGUCGAGUACCGCACUAUGGACAUUGAGGAGGCCCUCGAGGACGCGCUGGGCGACCCGGCCGCCGUUCGACGCUGGUGGGCGACCAAUGGCUUGAACCUGGGUCUCGGCACCAGCGAAUGGAUGAAGGCGAGAUACCUGUAG